CUUCUCAAGGUUAUUGAGCUUCCACGGCCGGAGCGUUCCCUACGUCUGUUGGCUAUUAAUGGACUGGGGGACAGCAAACCUUCCGAACUCAUGGAAAUGAUGCAAAACCUGCUGGGCACGGAAGAGCCCAAUUACAUUUUCAUGGAACUGUUUCUCAGGCACAUGCCACCGCAUGUUCAGACGGCGCUCGCGAACAGUACAGCCACUGAGCCCCGGGCCCUGGCUGAGGAGGCCGACUGUUUCUUCCUGGCCACCCAGCGCUUCUCCCCUGAGAUGCUGGCCGCGACGUGCAGUUACUCGCCUCCGGGCGCGGGGGUGGCUUCCAGCAGAGGCCCCAUCCCCACGACGGCCAUGCUGGCACAGGCUUGUGCUACUUCCACACCCGUUUCGGUGCGAAACGAAGAGGUGCGGCGGCCCUUGCAACUACGACGCGUCGGGAAACGCCAAAGCCCGCGCUCCGUGGCGGCCAGGAAACGCCAAAGCCCGCACUCCGCGGCGGCCGUGAGCGUGGGCUCGAAGGGCCGGUUGCUGUUCGUCAAGGACACCCUUUCCGGGCGGAAAUUCCUUUGCGACACCGGCGCCCAGAGGGGCGUCAUGAUGGCCACUGCGAAGGACGCCGCUGGCGAGACUCAUGGGCCACCCCUACUGUCCGGUAAUGGCUCCCCUAUCCGCUCUUAUGGCAUAAGGACUGUGGACUUGUGGUUCGGGAGUCAGCGCUUCACAUGGGACUUUGUCACUGCCGAUGUCUCGUUCCCCCUCCUCGGCGCUGAUUUUUUUGGUGCCCACGGGCUGCUGGUGGAUGUUAAGAGGGGCCGCCUGGUGGAUGCACUGACUUUCUCCACGAUUGCCUGCGUCCGCAAUGAGGCGACUUAUGGCGGUCUUUCCAGUUCGCUCUCAGACGGCACCAAGUACCAGCUCCUCCUUGGUGAGUUCCCUGGCUUGACACGGCCCACUUUCUCCUCUGCCACGACUAAACAUGGGGUCGAGCACCACAUUGAGACCAAGGGCCCCCCAAUUCAUGCGAGGGCCCGACGGCUUGACCCCGAGAAGCUAGCAGUCGCUAAGUCCGAGUUUGCCAACAUGGAGUGCCUGGGUAUCGUCCGCCGCUCGCAUAGCCCGUGGGCGUCGCCGCUACACAUCGUCCCUAAACCGAGUGGCGACCGUGAGGUGACUACCGCCGGCUUAACGACGCCACUACGCCCGACCGCUACCCUGUUCCACACAAUCAGGGAUUCUCGGCCCACCUGGCGGGCAAAAUCCUGUUCUCCAAGGUCGACCUCAUGGGCGGGUAUCACCAGGUUCCCGUGCAACCCUUCAGACGUUCCCAAGACGGCUGUAAUCACACCGUUUGAACUGUUCGAGUUUCUGAGGAUGCCGUUUGGUCUUAAAAACGGGGCACAAUCUUUCCAACGUUUAAUGGAUUCUGUGCUCAGGGACUUGCCAUUUGUGUUCGUCUAUUUGGAUUACAUCCUCGUCGCCAGCUCCUCUGAGGAUGAACAUCUGAUGCACCUCUGCGACCUCUUCGCAAGACUUGACCAGCAAGGCCUGAUCAUCAACCCGGCGAAGUCCAGUUCCUUGGGCACCUCAUCGACAAGAACGGCGCCGCCCCCCUUCCGGCAAAGGUGGAGGCUGUCUCCGCUUUUCCCCAACCUCGCUCGGCUCGGGGCCGCCGGGAGUUCCUGGGGAUGGUGACUUUCUACCACCGGUUCAUCCGCCGGGCGGCCCACAUCAUGCGCCCGCUCUGUGAGGCUCUUAAAGGCAAGGCCCCCAACCGGGACGUUGAAUGGACGGCCGAGAGGAUGGAAGCCUUUCUAUGCUACGAAGGCCGGGCUGACUCGUGCCGCUAUGCUGGCCCACCCGACCCACGGGGCCCCUGUCGCUUUCACUACCAACGCAUCGCAGUACGCUGUUGGAGCCGUAUACGAACAGUGGGUCGGCGGCGCCUGGCAAUUGCUUGCCUUUUUCAGCCGUCAGCUGGUCCCUAGGGAGCGUAAAUACAGCACGUUCGAAAGGGAGCUCCUCGGCCUCUGGCUGGCGAUCCACGUCUUUCGCUCCUUAUUGGAAAGCCGUAAAUUCACGGCAUAUGUGGACCAUAAACCCCUCACUUUCGCCAUGUCCAAGGUGGCCGAGCCGUGGUCCGCCCGCCAGCAACGCCAACUGUCGUUCAUCUCAGGAGUACACUACAGACAUCCAAAACAUCGCCGGCAAAUCCAAUGUGGUCGCGGACUGCCUCUCCAGGGCGAUCGUCGGCACUGUGCAUGUGGGUCUUGACUACUCCCGCAUGAGCGCAGACCAGGCCUCGGACCACGGGGUGCAGGCCCUCAAGACUUCUGACACGGGUUUGCGCCUGGAGGAAGUUGCGGUUGGUGACUCGGGUGUCAGGUUGCUAUGCGACCGAGAGGCGUCGGCCGCUGGUCCCUGCAAACUGGCGCACAUUUGCGGCAGACCCGAGACUGUUUCCGUGGACAGGGUCAAACCCGUGCACCUGGACAUUGCCCAGCCUUUGGGGUUGGCCCUCCCCCCGCGCUGGGUCGUCCCCCUUUGCCCUGUGCCCCUGCGCCUGCCGGGGUGCCCUUGACCCUGCCUGGGCCCUUGUCCCGUGACUCAAUGGACAGUCCGGCCCCGCCCCACUCGGCCCCUGCAGUGCACACCCGCCGGGGUCGGGUCGUCAUUCCUCCACGGCACGAGGAUUUUGAUUAUGGGUGAAUUCUGGGAGGGCUUGUGUGGUGUUUACAUAAUUCACCCGCGGGACCUCGAGUUGGGGUGCGGGGUUCCGCACGGACUGUUUUGGUUGUUGCUCUUCCGGACUGGGCAGUUCACAGAGUUCCCGCUGUUAUGCGAGUAGUGUUUGGAUGUCUGCCAAUAAAAAGGUGUUAUUUUGGUAACUCCCUACUACUUACCUCUUGGACUAAUACUGUGAGUGCUAAUUAUCAAAUGUGUCAUUUCUAAAAUAAACAGCGUCUGACUGAUGUAUAAUUGAAAUGUUUUACAUUUCCUAAAAUAAUCUCGCUCAAAAGUUUCAUUUGUUAUUCUGCGCAUUUCCAGUGACUGGGACACGCUUGUUAGCUCACGCUAACAGGCUAAUAACAACAACAAACACGUGGGUUGCUGUCCACCUGGUACAACGUGCGAUUUUCUACGGCUUGAUCCUAAAUAUCUUUUGUUGUAUUUGUAGCAUCUGUUGACUUAGGGUUCCAAAUGCCAAAGAUACCUUGUUGAAAAAUGAAAAAUAUAGUUGUGGUUAAGUUAUUUAAACAAACAAAUCACUCGGUAAUAUGGCGGAGUCAACUGGUGUAAUAGAUGUCACAGUGAAGACUUUGGACUCGGAGAGUCGGAGCUAUAAACUUAGAGGCGAGGUUAUGCUGCUAUCCCUUGAUUAAAUAGUGUUGUCGUUCGUACGUGUGCACUUCAUCCUCCCUAUACCCGUUAUGCUAGAUUUGCUUAACUGCCUUGAUCCCUUAGUUCUCUAUUAGCUGACAGUGAGACGGUUCAAGGAGCACAUUGCAUCAUCAGUGGAGAUCCCAGGCGACAAGCAAAGGCUCAUCUACCAGGGCGGAAUGCUCCAAGAUGACAGAACGCUGACUAUGUAUAAUGUGGAUGGAAAGGGCAUUCAUCUCAAACCACCGCUGCUGGCUCAGGGAGCCCAAGUGUAUUCAAUGAAGGGGAAGAUGACAGCAGCAGCCUUGUUGCCACUUCCCCAGUGCCGCUCCAAGAGCGCAGUGGCAACAGUUACAUGAUGCUCGGGACUUUCAACCUCCCUGUCAACAUUAUGGAACCUCAGCAGAUACAGGUGCUGUUGACAUUGCUAAUCUUGGUCAUCUGCUGAGCCAGCUGUUGUCCAUAUAAUUUUUCAAUGUGAUGGCAUAUUAAUUAUGUUCAAGAAAUGACAUUUGCCUUGUACACAUGAAUAUUUGUUUUCUCGUUGUCUGUUCAGCAAAUGAUGCCUGGAGUAGGUGAGUCCGGAAGAAAAACCAGGGUUGGCACCAGUGUAGGGGUAAAGGUUUAUUGGAAAAGAUUGAUUACAACACAGCCACAUUCAUUCUGUAAAACUGUCUGCUGUUUGGAUUUGCAGCGCAAUGGAUCAGUGGAUGUGCGAAUUAACUUGGACCAGUCAGUGCAGAAUGAGGCUCGGGUGGGGGCGCGCUCAGAUUCUUAUCAACGGGCUGGAGGGUCCCGGGGCCUCCUGUAGCCUAUCCCAGCUGUCAACGGGCAGGAGGCGGGGUACACCUUGAGCCUUGGUGUUUCCAGUUGCCAGACAGAAACCAAGGUACAACAGUCCUCUUCAUCCUCUGCAAUAUCAUCUCCCUCAACCAGAAUGGCUGCCAAAUCACGGGUUUUUGAGACAAACAUUUUUCCUUUUUCAUCAUCAUUAACCUCCACACAAACUGAGGGCGCACACAACACACGACCCAAACACAAGAACGAGAUGAGGAUCAACGUGUUCUCAACAUGGCUGGAGAUGCUCUACGCCUUCUGGGCAAUGCCUUGGUUAUCCUUGGUGACCUUCGCUGUAACCUGGCAACCCCACCCCCUCGUCAUCUGUAUGUAGCCCAUGGCCGAGUAUACCCAUCCUGUCCUACUCCAGUCUGGUCUGCCAAACACUGCCACUCCAAACAAACUGGCCAGAACAGGCCCCAGCAGGGAAGACGCGGCGUCGUCAGGCACGUCGAAGGGGACUCCGCCUGC